AUGAGACUUCUCGCCCGAGCCGUGCGCAGACCUCGCCGCGCGCAACAGCCCUCUGCCGCGCUGGGAAGGCGCCACCUGGCCAACAACGGCUUCUUCCGCGUCUCGGACGAGGUGCGCGAAGCUCUCCACGCCAAGAAGGCCGUGGUGGCGCUGGAGACGACGAUAUACACGCAUGGCUUCCCCUACCCCGAGAACGUCGCGCUCGCGUCCCUCCUCGAGAGCGUGGUCCGAGUCCAUGGCGGCGUGCCCGCAACCAUAGGCAUUCUGGACGGCGUCGCCCGCGUGGGCCUGGAUCCAGAAGAGCUGAUCCGCCUGACCGACUCGGCUGGCCAGCCCACCACCCUGAAGCUGUCCAGACGCGACCUGAGCCAUGUCUGUGGCCUGCGGCUGACCGGCAAGCACUUCAACGGCGGCACCACCAUUGCAAGCACCAUGCUGCUCGCCGAGCUGGCAGGCAUCAAGAUCUUUGGCACCGGCGGUCUUGGGGGUGUCCACCGUGGCGCCGAGUCGAGCAUGGACAUCUCCGCCGACUUGACCGAGCUGGGCAGAACCCCCGUCGCCGUCGUCUCAAGCGGCUGCAAGAGCUUCCUCGACAUCCCCCGCACCCUCGAGUACCUCGAGACCGAGGGCGUCGGUGUAGCCACGUUCGCGGAUGGCCGCCAAGGCAACGUCGACUUCCCGGCCUUCUGGUCCAGAGACAGCGGCGUCAGGAGCCCGACGACCAUCCAGCAUGAAGCCGAAGCUGCUGCCAUCAUACACGCCCAGCACCAGAUGCAAAUCAGGUCUGGCCUGCUGUUUGCCAACCCCGUUCCACUCGAAGCCGCCAUCCCAAAGGCGGACAUGGACUUGGUCAUCAAGGAGGCCCUCAAGCAAGCAGAGGCCCAAGGCGCGUCCGGCAAGGACAACACGCCUUUUGUGCUGGCAAAGAUCAAGGAGCUCACCAAGGGAAAGUCCAUCCCCGCCAACAAGGCCUUGAUCGAGUCCAACGUGAGGCGGUCUGCCAUAAUUGCCCGCGAGCUGUCCAUCCUCGAGACGAAGCAAGAAGAAGCCCGAGGCCGUAGCUCUUCCUACUUUACCCCAGUCCAAGCAGCCACCACCAAUGCAACCUCGUCGAUACCCACGCCUCCCGUCACUCCGCCUCCAUCUGUCCCUCAUGCCACGCCUGUUGACAUAGUCGUCGCCGGUGCACUUGCAGUCGACUUCUCGUGUGACUAUGCUCCCUUCGCCAACGCCUCGAGUCAGACCGACCCGCUGCCUCACACCUCGAAUCCCGCAGUGAUCAGCCAGAGCCUGGGAGGGGUAGCCCACAACAUCGCCAAAGCCGCACACCUCCUUGGAUCCUCUGUGCGUCUCUACAGUGCCGUCGGAAACGACCUCAGUGGCCGUGCAGCACUGAGCCAGCUGGAAGACGAAGGCAUGUCCACGUCAGGCAUCGAGACACUGCCCAAGCCGGCACGAACCGCCCAAUACGUCGCCGUCAACAACGCAAACAAAGACCUUGCGCUUGCCAUGGCCGACAUGUCCAUCCUCGAAGCCAUCCCCCACAGUCUUACCUCUGACCUCUCCGCCACACUCUUCGCCGACCCCGCAACGAAGCCCAAGGUCUUGGUAGCGGACGCAAAUUGGUCUUCGCCCGCACUGCACACCUGGCUCUCAGCCGCCCACGCUGCAUCCACGACAACGGUGUUCGAGCCCGUCUCCACCGCAAAAGCGCUCCGCAUCUUCCCUCCCGUCGCCCAGUCGACACCCUCCUCCUCGUCAGCAUCACCGCCAUCCACGUACCCCAACUCCCUCGCCCACAUCAUAACCCCCAACCACCACGAACUCACCGCUCUACACGAGCACGCUCACUCAACAGGCCUCUUUGAACUACCCUCGUGGUUCGCCGUCAUCGACGCCCUGGGCAUCCCGUCAACAGGACUGCGCGUGCCCCUAGCCAUGAUCACCGACAGUGCCCUAGUCGACGCCGGCAUCCCCCAGCAAGCUAUAAAGCUACUCCCCUUCUUCCCCACGAUCCUCACCAAACUGGGUCCGCAGGGCGUACUCAUGACGAGACUCCUCGCCACCGACGCGCCAGAACUCCACACGGACACGGACCGCCCGUUCGUGCUGGCGCGGAACAACAACGGCGACGCGGCGUCGGGCGUCGGCGGCUUGUACGUGCGCCUGUUCCCUGUCGACAAGGUGCUGUCGCCCGAUGAAGUCGUCAGCGUAAACGGCAUCGGCGACACCUUCUGCGGCGCGCUGGCUGUCGGGUUGGCUGGGGGGAAGAAGGUGCAGGAGGUGGUGGCUUUUGCGCAGAGGGCCGCGAGUCUGAGUCUCAGGAGUCGGGAGAGUGUGAGUGUCGAGUUGAGGGGGUUGAAGGCGGAGGUCGCGGGCUUGUAG